UCACAUAAAGAGAUCUACCCUAGACUACCGGCUCCUACUCCUCUCUGGCGACACAGCAGAACCAAGCAGGGAGCCUGACUGAGCAGAACAUUUCCCCAUCACUAAAACAGGUCACCAUGUCCAGGAAGGUAGUCAGGGCCAGUAAGUUCCGUCAUGUCUUCGGCCAGGGGGUGAAGGCUGACCAGUGCUACGAUGACAUCCGCAUCUCCCAGAUGACCUGGGACAGCAACUUCUGCUCUGUCAACCCCAAGUUCGUGGCCAUGAUUGUGGAUGCCAGCGGAGGAGGGGCCUUCCUAGUGCUGCCUCUGAACAAGACGGGUCGUAUUGACAUGUCCCAGCCCACAGUCUGUGGACACACGGGCCCAGUGCUGGAUAUUGAGUUCUGUCCCCACAACGACAACAUCAUCGCCAGUGGUUCAGAGGACUGCAGUGUCAUGAUUUGGGAGAUCCCGGAGGGUGGCCUGGUCACGCCCUUGAACGACCCCGUGGUGAAGCUGGAGGGGCACUCCAAACGCGUGGGCAUCCUCAGUUGGCACCCCACUGCCCACAAUGUGCUCAUGAGCGCAGGCUGUGACAACGUGGUGAUCCUGUGGAACGUGGCGUGUGGAGAGGCCAUGGUGAGGAUCGACUCGGUCCACCCUGACCUCAUCUACAGUGCCUGCUGGAACAGGGACGGCUCCCAGAUCCUCACCUCCUGUAAGGACAAGACCAUACGUGUGCUGGACCCUCGCAAGGGCACAGUCAUCGCCGAGAAGGAGAAGACCCACGAAGGCUCCAGGCCUGUUAAGGCUGUGUUUGUGUCCGAUGGGAAGAUCCUGAGCACCGGCUUCAGUCGCAUGAGUGAGAGACAGGUGGCACUUUGGGACCCGAAGAGCUUUGGAGAGCCACUCACCCUGCAGGAGUUGGACACCAGCAGUGGUGUCCUAUUGCCCUUUUUUGACCCUGACACUUGCGUCGUCUACCUCUGUGGCAAGGGUGACAGCAGUAUCCGGUACUUUGAGGUGACGGAUGAGGCUCCCUAUGUUCACUACCUGUCCAUGUACAGCAGUAAGGAGAGUCAGAAGGGCAUGGGCUACAUGCCCAAGAGGGGCCUGGAGGUCAACAAGUGUGAAAUCGCCAGGUUUUACAAGCUUCAUGAGAGGAAGUGUGAGCCCAUUGUCAUGACGGUGCCCCGCAAGUCUGACCUGUUUCAGGAGGAUUUGUACCCAGACACCAUGGGUCCAGAGCCGUCUGUGGAGGCCAAUGAGUGGUUUGAAGGCAAAGAGGGCCAACCUAUCCUGAUCUCCUUGAAGGACGGUUUUGCGACAACCACCAAAUCCAAAGAGUUCAAAGUUCACAAAAGUCUUCUGAAGACGACAUCAGCAGCCAUGGGGCAUCAGCACGGUAACACUGGGGAGGUACAUGCCUUGCAGAAGGAGGUGAAGGCUCUGAAGGAAACAGUAGAGGAGCUGACCAAGCGCGUAAGCAAACUGGAGAGCAAUAAUUGAAACAGAGCCAUUGGGUUCGAGAUGGAGCUGAUGGAGAGAGAGAAGGAGGUGUAAAGAGGAGAAGAUAAAGAGGAGAUGAAAGUAAAAUAGUUAUAAAUAGUUGGGGAUGUUUGAAGGAAAGAUGUUUAAAGGGAGAGUUGGAGACAGGAUCCAUCAAUAUCAGCAGCCAAAUAUUUUUGGGUCUGGAAGCUUGAAUUUGUUUUGUUGGUGUCAGUUUUCCCAUUUAUAGAGACUUGUUUUUAAUAUAUGCUCUUACAUAGUUGGAAAUAAAAGUCCUUAAUAUUAUCCAAAAUA